CCUGUAGAGUGUAGACAUGAGCGAGAGAUGUCAUGUUUGUUAUGGCCGUUUGUUGUUAGCGGGUUGUUUGAGUUUUUGUGUAUAGCAACAUUGAAUUCAUUAGGCGUGUUAUUUCAGGCGGUUUUUGUGUGUUACUCAGUAGACGGCGUAAUUUGUUAAACGCAAUGCUAUAACUGCUUUGUAAAGCUACGUAUAUGAGGGCCAGGCUUGUUCAGGACAAUUAUUGCGGGAAAAGGACGAUGAUGUUAAGAACGUAUACACUGCCUGUGCGAUAUGUUUGUGUGACCGGUUCAUAAAUAGAAAAACUACUUACAGCCACCUGGAGACAAAUAUUAUUCGUUAAAUGAGAAUUUACUUCACGUGCAGGCAGCUACCGUUGUGCUGAUUUGCCGUUAUUGUUACCUAAUUGACUUAUUUGAUAUCUUGUCUGAAUUUAAAAAGGUUAUACUAGCUUCAUCUGUAUAGAUCAGAAUGCCACCUCAACGCAAAUUAACGCCGCCUGCACUGGAGGAGCUGUGCAUGAGUUUAAUUUUAAGUCACCUAGAACAAGAAAUAAACCUUGUUCAGCAUAUUCGAACAUAUCAGACAACCUCUUUAAUUUUACGCAGGCGGGGCAUUGAGGCAGAAGCCUUACAAGCAGAACUUGCUGCCCAGUUUGAUUCCUUGCCACCUUUGAUGGGUGAAAUUGUGCGUCAGAGUAUCACAAACAGGUUAUUCAAAAAUGCAUCCAUUACUGGAGAGCCUCGCAUUCUUGUUGGGAUGCUGGAUGUCAUACUAAAUAAAGAUGUACGUAACUUGAACCUAUCUGAUCCAAAAAUACGGCUAAGCAGAAAGUUAUGGCCAAUUAUUCUGAAGAAAUGUACAGGUUUGGAAAGGUUUGAAUUAGGGGCAAACAUGCUCACAACAAAAAAAUUGCCAUCUUUUCAGUCAUUUGUCAGCUCACUUGCAAAAUCAUGUCCAUAUCUGACAGAACUGAUUCUGAAGGAGGCUGUUAUAGGGUCAGGGGCAUUGUCCACUAUUGGAUAUAGGUGUCAGAACCUACGUGUGCUUGAUAUUUCGGGCUCAAAAGUCACAUGCAUUGAUAUGCUGCACCUGUGCCUGCCAUUAUCACACUAUACACAACCUCUGGACAGCCUUCUGGAGAAAACAGAAUUUGCUAACAAGCACGCACUCUGCAAGACAAUGGAGAUUCUUUGUCUUGGCAAUACACAAGUAAAAGUAAAAGGUGCAGCUUUUGUUCUACGAGUUCUGCCUUAUCUUACGUCACUGGGGAAUUUCGUGUUCACAGCAGCUGGUUUGAAAAGGAUAUACGGGAUAAAGACCCGACCAAAAGUUGGUUCAUUCCUGAAACAGGUAUUUUACAGAGGCCCUUCAAAUGUAAAAUUGAAAGUAAUUGCAAACUGCUGCCCAAACCUGGAAAACUUGUUCCUGGGCUCAGAGUUUGAACGACGUGUGGAAUAUCAAGUUUGGAAUGCAUUUGAGAAAGUACGCACAUUAACACUUGAAAAUAUUCUUGCUGAAGACAUUACAGCAGGAAUGAAGCAUUUCUCUCAGCUUGUUGAACUGCAGCUUGCCAGUGGUGGUGUUGAUUUGGGAUUAGUAGCACAGUGUUGCCCACUGCUUGAAAAGCUAACAGUUACUGCAGAGCCACUAAGGGCUUGUACUAUACGUGUCAGCCCUAUAUUUCCAAAACUUAAAGAUAUUAAGGUUACCUGUCCCGUCUCCUUGGAGUGUGGAUCAGUGCUUCUUAGGUCCCAGAAUGUUACCCAUAUUGACAUUGUUCGCAUAAGGGAUCUCACAGAUUCCAUCUUUUCCUUGUGGCUGCGGCGAAAUCCAAUGACUUACUUGAAGACACUACUUCUGGGAUACGUGGAACUGACAAGAAAGAGUGCAGAACUGCUACUGGAUACUUGCCCACAAUUGACAAGGCUUGGUUAUCUUGGCAGUUGGGACAUUAGAUCCUGGGAAUGUAGACGACUUAAAGAACGAGUUGUGCAGGAGAAUUAUGAUGUCCACCUGCUUCUGUACUCACGGAGUGGAAUCAGUGGCAUAUUUUUGGCAGACUGGUAAUAUUGACAUACACUUCCUGCUGUUGGCUGUGGAGGUGAACGUGUUACUGCAUAAUCAGUGCUGCUUCAUUUGUUGAACUGAUUCAUAAUUAUGACACCAACUUGUGGAUUGACAUAAGAGUUCCAGAAAUAUAUGAUAUCUCAAGAUUUACAAUAUCUGUAUUUUGCAGCUUAUUUUAAUUACCAGUGAAUUUUUUUACCUUGAACUGAUGUUUACAAACUCAAGGGUUUGGUUUAAGCAGGAUUAUUUAAUAUGUGCUGUUAUAAUGCACCCUUAAGUUUAUCUUCUUAGCAUUAUCAAUAAUAUAAUAUCUCCCAGAAGGAAUUGAAUUAUCAUUUUGGUCGUGAAAAGUUUGACGAUAAACCCAAGCAUGUGGUGUGUGUCUUCAGCAGUUGCACAGAGAGAUGUUGUGUAACUGUAAAACUAAAUAGUACCCAUCUCCCAUCACAUAAGAUAAAACGGGGGAAAAUUUUGUAUGUAUGGUAUCACUUGCACAUUUUCUUUCAGAACAUCUAAUUUAAAACCGCACUGUCCUACAAUCAGGUCCAUAACAUCAACUUUCCUGAUCUGUCAUUAUGUCUCUGAAACCAAACAAUUUGUAGCUGCCUUGCUUAGGCUUGAAUAUCACUAGGUAUGUCCAAAUGCACUUUAAAAUGUAUAUUCUUCUGUUUUAGACUUAACGAAAUCAAGAGAGAAAUUUGAUUGAAACUGACUUUGUAUGUCUGCCAUAGGAAACUUGAAGAGGAUGCAAGGAUUCUGCUGGCCCCAAUAAGAAAUUCCUUGUUAUGCCAUCAUUGUGACACACUUUCCAUUAUUGUUUUUCUGUGAGGAAAUAAAACUCUGUUACCUACCACA